AGUACAUAUGACAACGGCACUGUAGUACAUAUCAGUAGGUUGUACCACAGCCUCAGAUUAUAUAGGAGGCUGUGGUUGUACAUAUACGGGCUGUAGUAUAGGCGACUUCUCUAAAGUUGGGGCUCAUAAAUGAACGUGUAAUUUCGGAAAACCGCACCGUAACCUGAAUAUGAAGUGAUGGCCUCCUUCCGUCAGGUGAACGAGCGGCAUGUGUCAGCUGAAGUAGAGCUGAUGCUGUGGUCGCCACGACUGGACCUGAUUGCUCUCGCACUGAAACAGGGGGACGUGGCACUGCACCGACUCUCGUGGAAGCGUGUCUGGCUGCGCACACCCCCUGGUGGCAAGGAGCAUGAUGUCGCUGUCCUCAGUCUGGCUUGGAGGCCCGAUGGCAAGAUACUUGCCAUUGGCUAUAGCACUGGGACCAUCAUUCUCUGCAAUGUGGAAAAUUCGGACAUAGUACACACCCUAACUCUGUCUUGUGGGAUUACGUGCCUCUGCUGGUCCAGUGAUGGCACCACAGCAGAAGAUGCCGAACUGCAAUCGCGCAUACUUUACCGUGACUUCUCUGCUGCAUACUUGCCAAAACUGCCGAGCCUCAACAAGAGCUAUGGCUGCACCUCAUCGGCUAAAUCUGUUGAAGAAAAUGUGGAUGACUGCAAGAUGCUCAAGGAACAGGAGGACUUCAACAUCCUCAUUGUAGGUUUAGCCAAUGGGAGUGUUUCCCUGUAUGCCUAUGGAGUGCUACUCUGCCUUGACUUUGAAGUGAUACUCGUAGACUGCACUGGGGAGCAUACGAAGAGGGUGAUCUCUGCGUGGCUGUCAGACCAUUUCAGCAGGCUUACUGUAGUCGUAGAAAGCGAAAGAGAUGGCGCUAGCAGGUGCAUGUACCUUCACGUGUACAACAUGCCACAACUGCGGGAGAAACGUGGAGAGCUUCGCAUGGUGGCCCUCAAGUAUGGCCAAAUAGCUUCGCUGGCAACUUACCUAACAAGCACUAUGAGCUCCAUUAAGGAAGCCUGGGAGGACAUUCUCCUUGAAGUGGACUCCAAACUUGCUAACUAUGCUCAGGAAAAGCGACGUACAUCCAGCGGCACAGUCAGCGAUGAUUUUCUUGAACUGCUCAUGUUUGGCACGCCGUCAGACGCGCUCGAAAAGUUCCUGGUGCAUGAUCUCACAGAGAAGGGUCUCAAGAAACUGGGCCACUCUAUUGAGCUCUGCUACUCCAAUGUGCAGAAGUAUGUUCUUAAGCAGCUGCAGGGCGUCACACAGGCUGUCUACUUUCAUCUGGCCGACCUUCAGGGCAUGGCACUGUGGGAGGACAGGUUUGGAGCCCUGGGACUGCGCAACGCGGCUGUGAUGAAUGCCCUUGGAUGCACAGGGUCCUUUCUCCUGAAGCUUGCGGAGUUGCUGCAGGUAAUCGAAGUGAGCAUCCGCAACUUCAAGGCUUUCUUCCGCUGGCUGUAUGUGGUCAUUUUGCGGCUCUCUGAUGACUCUGUGCCGCCUGAGGUGACCCGCAUCUCGCAACAAGAGAUUGUGUUUGUUGCUGAGUUCCUGAAGGAAAACUUUGCAGUCGAGUGGAGUGAGGAGAAUCGGUUGUCUUUCAGCCUGGAGAGGGUUGGUCAGUACCUCAAGGAUGAGCCACUCGUUUUUCCACUGCCAGCACACCUGAACGCCUGGCUGAAGUUUCUGGAACAUAACCCUGCUGUGCUGAACUUAGCCAUCCCCCACCACUCCCAGAGCUCACUUGUUCAGGAGCACAAACAGCUUGAGCAGGCAGCCGCAGAUGCAUUUGUGGGUCUCACAGAUGCCCUCAGACCAUGUGUUUCAAAGGAAGCACAGAUCACGCUUGCUGCUAUGGCGCACCCCGAAAGGCUCUCUGUGCUGUCGCAUGUGACUUCAAGCAAGGAUGACUGUAUUUACACCUCGUUCGUGCCAUGCCGCACCAUGGGGCAGGACCUAUACUUGGUCAAGCAUGUGACAGCAACGGGAGAGUUUUUUGUGGCCCGCCUUUACUUUGAGAAAUUUCGACACAUAGCAGAUGGGGGUGAUGCAAAGUGCUAUGUUGUUCUUGAUGCUCAGUUCUACAAUGAAGAUGUUCUGUCAGUUCUGAUGUGCAAGGAAGGCGAACACACAGACUCCAAUGUUCCUUUGCUUGUUCAACUGGGGCUAAAGCACGUCCAGAACUACUUCAAACCUUUGCAAAGAUGUGCACCCCAUCAUGUGAUACUCGUAGAGAUGGGCAUCCAGCCCACUGAUGCUGCAAAUUGUCUGGAAAAGAUGGACUUCCGGCGGCUCGAGAAAAUGCGCGCUGCUUCAUUUGCUGUCAGUGGUGCGCGGAAUGUCGUGUGUGUGCUGUUUCAUUCCCGUAGGCGAGUGCGAACAUUUGAGAUGGAUGUGGAGGAGGAAGACGAUGAAACCGGUGAUGAAGAUGAAGAGGAUAAAGAUGCAAAAUUUACUGCUGAGAAAGACAUCACAGACUUUCAGGAUGAUGAUAAAGAGAAUAGUUUCUGAACUAAAGCUUUGUGUGAAUCACUUGACGCUUGCCAGAACAUUGUUGGAUGGUGCGCUUACAUUGUUGGUAUGUACAGCCUUCUCCCUUUAGUACAGAGCUGUUCACGUGGUUGUGUUACAGUUGAAGCUUUAUUAUGAAUCAUGUGCUGUGAUUUCAUUGUUUGAUAUUAAAUGACACUAUCUCAAAACUGAUGCUUCAAAACAUCACUAGCAUUCACCUAGAUGUUGCGAAACACUGAGUGCCUGUACCACGUCAUUCCCAAUUGUAUUCAAACAUGGCAUGCAUGGUAUUGGCACCACAUAAGGCUGUUAAUUUAUUUAUGUUAAAAGAAAUCAUCAUCAUAUAAUCAAAGUUGGCAAAUCUGAUGACCAAAAAUAGCCCCAUGCAUUCAGUAUGCAUUCCCGUAGUAGGUAUAAGAUGGUCACCCACUUCCUUUCACAUUAUUCUGGAAGAGUGGCUGGUGCACUGGUGGCAGAUCUUUCACUUUUCAAGUGUGCAGAGGAGAGGUAGGCAGAUGUUGCCGUUGUUUAUUCUCUCUCACCCUCAACUUAAUGUUUUCUUUGUACAAGAUUAAAUUUACUGGCCGUCCCUUGCCCUUGCACUCUCAACAGCUUUCUUCGAUCUUCUUUUACAGAUAAAGACAUGCAUGGCCACUCACACUUUUACGCUGUUUUAAUGCUCCGGUUAAUUUUUCUGGUUAAUCUUUCGCAUUGCUCGCAAAUGCUGAAGAUGGUUGGUGAUGUAGGUAUAGUGCAAGUUAUACCUCAUUUGGGUCAGCUUUUGAACAGUUCAUUCAGUACAAAACUUCUGGCUGUGUACAGAGUUGUAUGCAGUAGACUUGUUAAUUUGUUUGCAGUUUAUUAGAUGUUUUGGUUAAUUCAAUCCCGACCGAAGGUCCCGGCCAGUGUCCAUAUAUUUCUAUGGCCCAAAACUAGUUAUUUCGAUCCUGAAUUUAGCUUUCGCUGAAUAAUUCAAACUUGUCUGGUCAUCAUGGUGGUCACCAAUGGUGACCGCAUCCCAAUGAUGAUCACAGUGGUGACUCCAACAACGGCAGAGUCUGUCUUGGCAUCACUUAGGGUGCAGUGAAUGCAUCGAAUGCACAUCACCUCCCGUUCUCACGUCGAAAAUGCCAAUUUUUGGCCUGCCUCAGGACCAUUUUAAAGCAGAAACAGUACCUCAGAAUUAAUUAAUACAGUAUGUACCCAAUUCUAACACGAAGUUCUUUUUUCCAAGAACAUUUGUUCGAGAAUUGCUUGGGCUGAACUAUCUGAUACGAAAUGAAAAGUGCAUUCCCAACAGCGUACCAUCAGAGCCAGCCUAGCCAGCGUCAGAGCCGUUGCCUUCACAAGAUGCCUACCAUGGAUGGCAACAAAACGAGUUCAUGCAUAGUCGUAUAAGAUGACGUGCCACUUUCAGUCUGAUUACGAAAGCAUAUUCAACCGAUUCUGGUUGGCGCAUCAUAGCCUCAGUUGCUUUUGCGUCAUAAAACCCUACAUAACUAACUAUCAACCAAUAAGUUAUUUUAUGUGUUAAUCCAGCGGCAACAAGUCGAGUCACGUGUUCAUUGUGUUUCAGAGAAUUUCAUGCGUGUCAGGACCAGGGUAUCGUACCGGAACUGAACUGAACUGGAACGUUACAAUUUUUUUCACCACAAUUUUAAAUUGAGCAUAAAAAAUUUGUGGAGCCGCAACAUUCAUAUGGAGACUGAUUACCUACGAAGCUACUUAGGCUGCAUACACAGGCUGCAUACGUUAUGAAAUCAUACAUUUUUUUCAUACUGCACCACACUACAUCGACACACGCGCGGGCACGGUCAGCGCACCCCCCAUGCAUCUGCCACAACCACUGCUGUAGCCGCGCUGGCACCUCCGACGCGCGGGACAUUAUAACCACAGAAGCAGCAGGCGAUGUGCACAAUCGACUCUAUUCGUGUCCAAUCAUAUCAUUUCCAUUCCUGUCGCCGAUACAGACACAAGCCACCCAGGUUACCCCCCAAGGGAGUGCAUGCGGGGGAUGAAUACAGGGGCUAAAGGUAAACAGCUUCGCUGUAAAAAUAAUAGCUUUUGGUUCAGGCUGGCCACCUUUCUUGGAGCUUUUCAUCCAUGCAAUGCUACUGCAUUUGCGAAUACACACCAUCUUCCCCUGAUUUUAGAAGUAGCAGCACCAUUACUAUGGUUUUCAACAUAUCCUAUUGGGGGGCAGACAUGUUAGUAAAACACUCGUAAGCAUUUGAUAUUGGUGACCAUCAAACAGUUUUCUGUUAGUUGGAGACAUAUACAUGGACAUUGAAAUAAAUAAGCACUUCCAUGCUGGGUCAUGGCUUCCCAUUGAACAUGUUGAAGUAGGUGCAACAGAAAUUACAUAUUGUUUUUUACAUGUGCUUCUGCAACAUAAUUUUGAAAUGAAAGCUCUUUUUGCCUACUAUCCCGGGUUGUUGCAAAGGUUUCGUUAUAAUAAACGGGUAUGACCUGCCCUCUUGGUGAUGACGCCCUUGGGAGAGAGAAGGGUAUCACAGGGGGCAAAUUAAAAUUGCAUGGAAAAAGACAUCUCACAGAGAGAUUCUACGAUAGUCCAGGAUCCCCUUUCUGUACUGUGGUUUCCCUCUUGACCUCUUCCAUUGCUGGAAACUUGCGUCGGUAGAAUACGAGGUGGAAGACGUUAGAUCAUUUUCUGGUGUUGCACCUCAAACGGCGUUCUCUAGAUGUGUCUGGUCCACUAUGACAAGAGGUCUUCCUUUUGGAAAAAAAAAGUCCCAGCCUCACAGGUGUCACAGUCAUGCCCGUGCUUACCUAUGCAAAAUUUGGCCGCUCGUCUGCAUUCGUGCCAAAUAGAAUAUGGGGGCUGAAUUCGCAAAGCGUUUCGUUCAUUCUCUUUGCCAUUGGCUGGCCACCUUCUCUAACAUUAUUUCCAGCAUCAGUAUUAGGUGAAAUUUUCCUUUAGUAACUAUUCUAGCGUAAGAGCUUUUCUUGAAUACAGGCCCAUGGCCCGUAUUCACAAAGCUACUUCGUUAACGCUAAUUAACAACAGGCAGUUGAGCAACAAAAUAAAUGUUUCUGAGCCCGCAUACCCGCAUUGGAUAUGCGGGUAUGAGCCAGGGAUAAGAAGGAAGGAAAGAAAGGAAGGAAGAAAGAAAUAGCAGGUACGGGGCAAGCUGCGCCAGCGCCAGAUCCCGUAACGCGCGCAACCAAUCUGGGUCGUUUGGUGUGUUGCGGGAGGGAAAAAGGAAGAAAAGGGGGUUGGCGCGCGCUCCGCCGGCCUUCCCUCGUCUCAAAUCAGUUUCGGCGCCCGGAUAGGAAGGCUGUGCGUGGUGCGUUCCGCCGAGGAUCCGGCUGCGUUUGAGCAACAGCGGCGCGAACUCGCUCGGCAAAAGGCUCGUCGUCGACAUGCUGAUUCUAGCGUGAGGCCUUCUGAAGCCCAGGCGAAAGCCAGAGUUGUGGGCCCCAAGUUGCGGGAGCAUGAUGUUGAGGCCAAAC